UUGAUGUCCAAAGAAGUUAACUUAAUUGAUAACGACUUAUUGACAGAUAAUUCGAGUAUCAACAGAAAACGACAUUCAAAAACUUCCAAUAUUCAAGAACCUGAACACAAAAGAAGUAAUUAUUUGGAUUUUUCUCCACGUUUUGCCUCAGCUUUGAAAAUGGACGAUAAACAUGGUGAAAACCCAAAUGGACUUUUAGGUUCAAAUAUUAAUGAAAUUGCUGGGAAUUCUGCAUUAAAUGAUGGAAUUAAAUAUUCUAAUAAGCCAACAAAUGGACUCUAUAAACAACCUCUCCAUUCUACUUCAUUAAAUGGACCUACAAAGAAAAUUGUUAUUAGAAAAUUUCAACAGAGAAAUGACCCAACUGUUUUAAAUUUUGAUGCAAAUUGGUCAAUUUUAGAAGAUUCUGUUAUUAAAAUUCAAAAAAGUGAAAGUGCCCAUGUUACUUGUGUUGAACUUUACAAUAUUGUUGAAAAUUUGUGCCAAAUGAAUUAUGCUCAGGAAAUUUUUUCUCGUCUUCAAAUUCUUAUUCACAACUUUUCUGACAAUGAAUGUGCUCGACUUGUUGAAAAGAGCCAAAAUUCUUCUUUUGAAACUUUUUUGGAAAUGCUGAAUCGUUUAUGGGAUAAUUUCUGCCAGCAAUUGGUAUUUAAUUUAUGGACCUAUUAUUUGAUUUUUAGACAUUUUUUUGAAUUUUCCUUGGUGCAGAAAUUUGUAAAAAAAAUUUUUAAAUUUUUAUUCUUAACUCCUGGCUUUUCCAAAUUUCUUCAUUUUUUUAGAAAAAUAUUUUUUAAAAUAACUUCAUUUUUUAAGUCAUUGAUAAGGAGUGUAUUUCUCUACCUUGACCGAACUUAUCGUAUGCAACAAAGUACCUCUGGCGUUUCAAUUUGGGAUACUGGCCAUGAGGCUUUUCGGCAAAGAGUAAUUGAACAUUCAGGAAAUUGUUCUAGAGCAGUAAAUGGAAUUUUACAAUUAAUUGAAAGGGAUAGAAGGGGAAUUCAAGUAGACAGACAUUUAUUAAAAUCACUUUUGAGAAUGUUUAUGAAUUUACAAAUUUAUGACCGUUCUUUUGAAAGAGAAUUUUUCAAAGCAACAGAACAUUUUUAUCGAGAAGAGAGUAGUUUACAAAUACAAGAAUUAAAUAUCAGCAAUUAUUUACAAUUUGCACAGAAAAGACUGAUAGAAGAAGAAGAGCGAAUUCAACUUUAUUUGGAAUAUUCAACAUCUAAAAAAUUAAUUGGAAUUGUGGAAAAAUGUUUUAUUGCUGAUUAUUUGGAUUCUAUAAUUUCCAAAGGUCCAUAUCAAUUAAUUUCUGAACAACGGUUAGACGAUUUGGCACUUUUAUAUCAACUUCUAUCACGUGUUAAAGACGGCCAAAUUGCUUUAAAGAAUGCCUUUUCUGAGCAUAUAAAGAAAGUUGGUCGGGCAAUGGUUAUGGAUGCUGAAAGAGACAAAACUUUAGUUCAAGAAUUAAUGGAUUUAAAGGCAAAAUUAGACCAAAUAAUUAUAAAAUGUUUUUGUUCUAACGAAAAAUUUCUUAAUGCUUUGAAAGAUUCUUUUGACUUUUUUAUUAAUUCUAGGCCAAAUAAAAUUGCAGAAUUGACAGCCAAAUUUAUGGACCUCAAAUUACGUACAGGAAAUAAAGAAUGUACAGAAGAAGAAUUGGAUAGUGUAAUGGAUAAAGUUAUUGUAAUAUUUCGUUUUGUUCAAGGCAAGGAUGUUUUUGAAGCUUUUUACAAAAAAGAUUUGGCUAAACGACUUUUGCUGGGAAGAAGUGCUUCUGUUGACGCUGAAAAGGCAAUGCUUUCAAAAUUGAGAACUGAAUGUGGUGCUGGUUUAACUCAAAAAUUAGAAGGGAUGUUUAAAGAUAUGGAGUUAUCUAAAGAUUUUUGUGCUACAUUUAAACAGUAUUUGGAAGCUUCGGAUAAAGAAAAACGUUUCUCAAAAUUAGAAGUAAAUGUAGCUAUUUUAACAAUGGGAAAUUGGCCUACUUAUCCUUUACAAGAAGUUAAUAUCCCUCCUCAAUUAGCAGAAUUACAACAAAUUUGUGCUAAAUUUUAUACUUCAAAACAUAAUGGAAGAAAACUUCGAUGGCAAUAUUCGCUAGCUAGUGGAGUUUUAAAAGCUAAUUUUAAGCCGAAGGUAACAAAAGAAUUGGAAGUCUCUCUUUUUCAAUCAAUGGUUCUUUUAAUGUUUAAUGAAAAAUUAAAAUGGAAUUUUAAAGAAAUUUCAGAAAAUACAAAAAUUGAAGAUAUUGAAUUAAAACGUACUUUACAAUCACUUGCUUGUGGAAAGUUUAGAGUAUUAAUUAAACAACCUAAAGGAAAGGAUAUAAAUUCUGAUGGUAAUUUUGUUCUAAAUGAAGAAUUUAAUGACAGGCUUUAUCGUAUUAGAAUUUCACAAGUUCAAAUGAGAGAAACGGAACAAGAACAUCAACAAACAGAAGAACAAAUAUUCCAAGAUCGUCUCUACCAAAUAGAUGCUGCCGUUGUAAGAAUUAUGAAAACAAGACAAAGAUUGUCACAUACACAAUUAAUUACUGAAACUUUAAGUCAGCUACGUUUCUCUGUUAAAGCAACUGAUUUGAAGAAAAGAAUAGAGUCUUUAAUUGGUAAGGAGAGAAUUUAA